AUGGCACGGACGUACGCUGAUGCUGUGACAUCGCUGAAUUCUCUUCAGUCCAAUUUCGCAAUUGUUGAUGCAAUCCGCAAGUCUGGGGGCAGGCUGAACGAACAAUCCAUUCCUGAGAUGAUUGAAUGGUGCCGCAAGAUUGGAUACCAACCUUCGGAUUUCAAUGCUUUAAAGGUUAUACAUGUAGCCGGAACGAAGGGCAAAGGGUCAACAGCAGCCUUCGCCUCAUCGAUCCUCACCCAGUUCGUUGGAGGGAAAGGGAUCAAAUCGUUGUCAAAAGUUGGCUUGUACACAUCCCCACAUCUUCGAUUUGUACGGGAACGCAUACAGAUCAACGGACAACCUCUGUCAGAGGGUCAAUUCGCCCAAUAUUUCUUCGAGGUUUGGGACAAGCUGGAGAAUGUUGCGAAAGAAGCAGGACAAGACCCCCAGUCUCCAGAGGCGAAACCCGUCUAUUUCAGAUUCCUCACGUUGAUGGCCUUCCAUGCCUAUAUAAGGGAGAAGGUCGACGUUGCUGUGAUUGAGUGUGGCAUCGGUGGUGCUUAUGACAGCACGAAUAUCUUCGAAGCGCCGGCCGUGACUUGUAUCACAAGCCUCGGGAUUGAUCAUGUCGGCAUGCUCGGUUCCACGAUCGGCGAGAUUGCCUGGCACAAAUCUGGAAUCAUGAAGAGCGGCAUCAAGUGUUUCACACCGAGCAGCCAGCCUGCGGCGGCAAAAGCAGUGAUGGAGCGAGUCGCCAACGAGAAAGGGAGCGUGCUCGAGUAUGUUGAUGUUGAUCCAGCUAUCGCAAGUGGCGAGAUCAAGCUCGGACUCCAAGCAGACUUCCAGAAGAUGAAUGCUAGUCUUGCUGUUGCUCUAGCAAAGACAUGGCUAGACCAACAAGGCUACGCGGACGCCGACGACUACAAGCAGAAAUUUGUGCGCGGACUGGAAACUGUUUGGUGGCCAGGCAGAUGUGAGACACGGUAUGAGGCGGGGAUAAAAUGGUGCAUUGAUGGUGGCCACACCCUCGAAAGCAUUGAGCUGGCAGGGAAGUGGUUCGCUUCUCAACUUAUGACCAACAAGGACUCUUCAAAGCCGCUUUACCAGCAACCGCGUUUCUUGAUCUUCAACCAACAGACACGCGACGCCGCCUCGCUUGCGGCGGCGUUAUUCAACACAUUGUCGACAGCUCUUAAUGACCCCCACCCGUUCACCCAUGCCAUUUUCUGCACAAACACGACAUUCAAAGAAACGGGCUUCAAACCCGAUCUUGUGGCGGUGAACGUCAAUGCCUCGGACAUUGAGUCAAUGAAAGUGCAGAAUAACCUCGCCGAGACAUGGAGGGGCAUAGACCCUUCAGCUCGAGUCGAGGUGGUGAGGACGAUCGAAGAGGCAGUCAAUAUUGUCCGCAACUUUGCUAACUCUCACCGCCAGAAGGCUGCUGACGCAGAAGAGGAGAAAGAAGUUGCGGCCCUGGUGACAGGGAGCCUGCACCUCGUCGGUGGGUUCUUAGAGGUUUUGGAGAGUACGACUAGCUCUUAG